UUCAAACAUGGCCGCCUACACGAAGCCAGCGGGCGCUGGUCGUGACCAUCUGGACAUAAACGUGGCCUUCACGUGCACAAUAUCGCCGGACAAGAUCGGUAAAUUGAUCGUGGAGAUCGUCAAGUACGUCCUGUACGAGCGCGAGCAGCUCCCGAUGCCGUACGACGACUUGAAGCGUCACGUCGAGGACGUGGCGCAAAGUCAAAGCGCCCAGAAGAAGGCUGUCAAUCCGUUCCUGCAGGCCAAGCAACGCAAGGCCAUCACCAGCCUCCAGGGCAUGGACGCCAUCUUCAGCGUCGCUCAGGACCUCAUCCGCGAGCGGAAGGUCACCAGGGUCCUCCUGCUGUUCGGCGCCACUGUGCUCUCUCCCGUCGAGAGCUACCUGAUCCGCGUGCCUCAGCGCCGCCACGGCUGUCACAGCUGCGGCACGGCCGCCGGCUUCCGGCGCUGCAUGCUAGACGUCCUGGAGGCGUUCCUCCGCGUCGACUCGACCCGCAAGGCGGCCGCCGCGUCCAAGUUGACUACGUUCCUGCUCGUGCGGAGGGAGGACGUCAUCCUGAACCUCAUGGACGUCAAGCCCGGCUUUGUCGUGCCGCGCAAGGGCAGUCUCACGACGCUCGACCUCGCGCUCCCGCCGUGCCCGCACGACGUCCUGGAGGACGGCCUCAAGGUGUGGUCCGACGCCAUCCAAGACGUGUCCACAUUUGCGGACGAAGACGCGCCCCAGGGUUGUCCGGAGGAGUUCGUCUGGGUGCAGUGCAAACCCGUAUUCCUGACGGUGGCUGCCAGCACGUUUGUGAAAGAAGCGCCAUCGGACUCUUCGAAAAAUUCACUUCUGAGAUAGUGUAAUGGUGCAUGACAUACUACUGGCACGGUUUAUUUUUGUAUGUGUCAUUUUAGAAUGCGUCUGAAGAGCCGCUCGCAACAAGGAGUGCGCGUCUGUGAUUUCCCGUACGUCAGCUCACAGAUCGGAGUACAUAGAUUUCAUGCAGACUGAGUAUGGAAGCCAGCACACAGUUUGUUGCUAUGGUUGAAUGGCUGGACGUGUUCUGCAUAGGCAGCAACUGUAGUACUGCAUCUGCAUAGACAGUUACGACCUUCCCGCUGAUGUGGAAAAGAACUGUUGUCGACGAUUUAGACAUCAAGCCACCUUUCCAGUUCAGCUUUGGCAUUAUGCUGUGCCCAUAGCCAAACAGGAAACUGCUGGUGUGGUCUGAUGCCGUGCAAGUUUCACGUGUGUUUGUCAUGGAUGUUACUGGUGCCUUUUCGGAGUCUACCAGGAUACUUUGCAGAAGAUUGAUGCAAGCUGGUGCUUUUGACGGUCACUCAAUGGCACGUGUGUGGAAUAUGCAUCACCCAAGGCGUCUAGAAACUAGUUUUUUCAGACACUGUGUUGUUGCACGUUGUGAGAGUAGUAGUUAUUUAAUGUUAGCUUACAUUACCAACCACUCUGACAAACGUCCGCAUUUACGAAAGCAACAACGCCUCGUGCAUUGUGUUAGCUCAUUGAAACAGUUAUUUGUAUACCUUUUUAAAAUGUCUAUGACAGAGAAUUUAGCAGCUGAACCAAUCUCGGCCAUCAAGUGGAAUUCUAACAUAGACAAACAGAAAGCUGAGCCAUUUGGUAGGAGUUCACGAUUUGAGAAGGCAGGCCCAAGACAACAAGAAAAGGAGAGGAAAAACAGGGCAGUGUGAACGCUCUUUGUUGUCCUUUAUGUUCCUGAUUAUUCGAUUCACGAAUGCAAAUGCAUAUUUGACUCAUUUCAUGUUUCGUGGAAUGGGCAAUACAGCUUUAUUUCAAGAAAUUUCACAAGAAUAUGCAAAAAAAAUACAUGUUAUUAGUGGCCAAGAAUGCAAGCUUUAGUGCACCAAGCGCAUGAAAGACAUUGGCCUAAACUCUGCCAUAAUAUAUGCUCUGACAAUCUUGUAUCGUUGGAAUGCUGACAAGGUCUACUGGAAAGAUGGAGCAGUUGUCGCGAUCCAAUCUGGCCAAACGAGGAGAGACCGUAGCCGACGCUGUGACAAAGCGAUCCAAGACAAGUCUGCUUGUCAAAACAUUGGCACCAGACUAAGGCUUCCUUUGGUUGUUCACAGUUGCUUCCUAGCUCUGCUGAAGCAGCUCGCCUCGCCAUGUGAUGUGUGGCAGUGCAAGAUAAAUGGCAACGGAAUGACCAUAACAUUUGGCUACUGACAGAACUUGGUACUUAACUUGUAUUGCAGGUGAAGCACGGAGGACAAUAGAAAGAUGAGGCACUGCGUACCCGCCAUGUCAUACUUCCGUUUUCCUCCGACUUGUGUUCCAACUGUACUACACUGACAAAUCUAUCAGUCUCUCCUCCCUACUAAUUCUAAUGUUUGGCUCUCCAGCGUGCAGUUCCAGAGCAGAAUGUCUGAUUGGUCCAACUAACGUUAGUUCGCAGUUCCUUUUAAACAUUGCUGCCCUGGCAAUUGGAGGUAUUUUAUUUCCAUCUGGGGAUUGCUUAUGGCGAAACGCAGUAACAAGGAAGAAUAUAUCUGCUUGACAGGAUGAGGCCUUCUGUCACUCAGUUGCUGUUCGCACAGCAUGUUUACGAAACUUUCACUUUUGCUCUUUCACAUUUUCAUCAAACAUCACGUGUUUUCUACAGGCAAUAUGUGCAGACACUGCCAGAGACACCAAAGGCUAUAAUUGCCUGACAAAGGCCUCUGACUCUAUGCAGCUUGCAAGCGGCAACAAUACGAUGACAACCGCGGGCUGUAUUUUGACUCUGAUGAUAACUGCAUCUCGCCUUUGGAAACGUCUUCACAAAUUACAAGCGUAAAACAUUUUACGUCUUGUUUAACUGCCAUCAGGAUCAAAUGUAAUCGUAAUUAACUGCUAUCGGGAUCAAACAUAAUCGUGAUGCAAGUGUGUUGGACUGUUUACAUGCAUUUAAUAUAGAGAAAGUGGAAGUGAUUUUGGACUAUGUGGCUUCGACCACAGAAAGCAAGUUUUGUGCUCUAUCUUGUCCCGCACGAGGCACUUAGAUGAGUCGUGUGCCCAAUCGAGGUCGUAACUUUAAACAUAGAAAGCUCCAUGCUUUCCCUGCAAAGUUUACGAAAUUGCGCGAUGUCAGAAUUUUGUUUGGUGGAGGGUGCGAGAUUUGCAUGUAAUUUUGUAACUUGCAUGUAAGUUUUUUAUACAUCGUCUAUUACAAGUAACAUUUAUUGCCUUCAGUUUUACGUGCAUGUUUAUGCAUCCAAACCUUCUCGUGCAUGUCGACUAUUGCAUGCCUGGUGCAAUACCACCAAUUGUGAAUUUAUAGCGGUAUGGCAAGCCUAAUCGCUGCUGCAUGAUUUUACAGUCUAUGCAAUGGACCAAUCACGAAGCUUUCUAUGCCGUUCGCAAACUGUUAAUGACGACCUUACGCUGUUAACCCUUUUUUGGGGUGUUGUAAUACCUUUAAGAAACAAUAUUAGCGAAGAACUAUUAGCAUGAGCUAUUUUGGUUGUAGUGCUUUUGUGUGUGUGCGCGGAUGCGUGCUUUGUUUUUGAUAUACAAAACUUUUACUGUGACUGCUUGAUUGAGGCUGUCAGUGAAGCGGAAAAGUUUGAUUGACAGCUCGGCAAAUUGUCUUGGCGCUCUUGCGCUUUUGUUAAGCAUGGUGCAGACUCCCAUAUUGAGUCGUCGGAGCAGUUUUUUACGAUUUGUCCUUACUCUUUCAUGUUAAAUGUGCCAAAUCAUGUGCUCAUCCAUCAGCGUCACAAUGUCAUUCCAUCAUGUUGCCUGCAAUGUACCUAUUUUUCAUGUGCCAUUUGUAGUGAAUAUUAUUUUACAAUAGAGGUAUUUGCAUGCUCACCACUGCCUUUCUACAGAAUACUUGUGAAGUUAUGGUUCGAUUUUUUACACUGUACUUAACCUAGUACAUUGUUUCUUACUCUCAAGUGAGCUAGUUGUGGUCAAUUGGUAUUACUUAAGCUAAUUAAUAGCUUUUUGCUUAUUUUCUCAAUAUGCCUACUUGACGACUUUGUCACCAUUUUCCAUGACAAGGUAGGUAUUUUUUUUAGUGUGAAAUAGUCAGAGAAAAUUCAGCGUCUGUAAAGAAAACACUACCGUAUUACAUAAUGUAUUACAUAUUACAAAAGUAUUACAUAAUAGUGUUGCAUCAAUCAAACGUUGUUUGUGAAUGAAGCUGUAUGUUCCUGCACAAAUCAUUCCUAUACUAAUUAAGGUCUUCAAUGUGCAUGUUAUAAGAUUUAAAAGAAUGGUAUCAUACAAGGAAAAAAAAAUGGCCUUAUGACGUUUAGGCCAUGUUUGCAUGUCAAACAAUGCUCACCGUUUUCUUUGGCAUAUUUCACAGUGUCUUUUAUUUCAAUGACAGUCACAAAAAAUCUGUACAUAUAUGACAUUCCUUGAAGGAACAUAGCUGUGUUAUCGUGUCAGUGGCCCAAUUUUUAUUUAUAGGACCAUCAGACUUGUUGCUCAAAGGAAUAUUCCGACUGUGUACGCGCAGUCCGUCUUCUCUUUCUUGUACACUGUAUCGUCUUGUCUAUGUUGGUGGGGGGAGAAUAAACAUGUACAAACAUCAACAUUGAUCAUUCGAAGAAAAAAAUGUGCGCAUGAGGACAUGGUGCAAUGAGAAACAUCAAUGUGUCGUAACAUAUCCGUGCACACUGAAUACUGUGGAUCACGCAGCGUUUCUUCAAUGUAGAAAAAGACACUUCUUGUGACUGUGACGAUAAACUUCCUAGGGAAAGUUAACAGCGCUGAAAGUGAAGUGCCCAGGGUUGAAUGCCAGCAAAAAAUAAAAACUUAAAAAACAUUUUAGACCACUGUAGAACGCGUUUUUCACUGGAGUGUGAGUAAAAAAAAAAAAAACGCAGUAGCCGGGAAACAUAUUACGCGAACAUGCGGUUAAAGCCAGGGAAAAAC